UGUGGAUGGUAGUGCAGCAUUUUGAAUUAUACCCCUGUGUCAUCAGUAUUACUGUGACUUACCCAGCACUUCAAUAGUUUUGUAUUUUCAGCAGAUUCUCUAAAACACAAAACUCAUCCCCUGUGAUUGGUUGUGGCUCAGCAUGCUCUAUUGUGCCUCGAGGCCGUUUGUUCGCCUGGUUUCCGACACACAAACUAAACUUUCCUGCCAGCCUGGGCAAUACUGGGCUCCGGAGUGCUUUGACAACCCCCCUGUAAUAUUGGAAUUUCUAACUUUUUUUCAAAAAGGAUAAUAAAGUGUGCUUGGCAGGAUGUACAGCUUCAUGGGCGGUGGGUUGUUCUGCGCUGGAGUCGGGAACAUACUCCUUAUUAUCUCCACAGCAACCGAUUACUGGAUGCAGUAUCGUCAAUCUAACAACUACAUGCAUCAGGGCCUGUGGCGCUACUGUAUGCCAGGGAAAUGCAUGACACAUACAGAUAGCAUUGCGUACUGGGAUGCCACCCGUGCCUUCAUGAUCCUCUCCCUGCUGGCCUGCUUCAUUGGCAUUGUGAUCGGCGUCAUGGCUUUCAUACGCUCCUCCUCCUUCAGUGGGUUUGACAAGACGUUUGCUGCCGGCAUCCUCUUCUUCAUCUCCUGUUUCUUUGUACUGCUAGCGAUGGCUGUGUACACUGGGGUGACGGUGAACUACUAUGGGAAACGAUAUGGGAACUGGCGCUUCUCCUGGUCCUACAUCAUGGGUUGGGUGGCCGUGGUUCUCACUUUCUUCUCAGGUAUCUUCUACAUGUGUGCCUACAGGAUGCAUGAAUGCCCGAGAAACUCCAACUCCCGCUGAUUUGACAAACAAAACAAAACACAGCUGACACCGGGGUUUACACACCAACAGUAGCUAUGUCAUUUCUUGUUUACCUGACCACUAUUGAAUAUGCAAUAAAAAGGGUAAAUCCAA